AUGUCAGACAAGUCGGGUCUGUGUCGGUGCAGUCGCACGGAUUGUGUGGCAAAGAAGUCAUCCAAGAGUCAGACCACAAAAGAGGAUCCAUUCGUGCCGUUAAGACUCCUGUCGUGCGGACACUCUGUCUGCGAGUUAUGUCUUCUGGAGAUCUGUCGCCAACACAAAGAGUUCGUCAAGUGUUGGGUCUGUGCUGUCAUCACAAACAUCGGCGACACUGUCUCCAGGAGUGUCACCCAAAACGAGUCCGACAUCAAGAAGUGGACGGACGCCACGACCAUAACUCCCGCACAAGUGAUGCGUUUCGACACAAACCUCUUUCCUCUGGAUUUGUAUCAAUUGGGUCUCGGAGUGGAUUGCGGUGUCAUUACAGCCACAAAGACACCGGAACUGUUGGACUUAGACUUAGACGACGAUUCGCCCACCGCUUCCACCUCUCUGUCGGUGUUGACCAACACAUCCGACAAUAAUCUAUCGCAAGACGACAUUAUUAUGAAGACAAUCACAUCUCGGAUCCCGAAGACGGCGCCCAUUAAAUUCCAAGAGUCCAUCCAAAACGGCGUCAAAUCCUUUAUGGACUUGUCGUCCAAUCAUAUGUCUAUCAAAAGAGCCGCCGAUGAGACGAAAGAGUGGUUCCGGAGCUCAAAGUUGACCACAAAAGAGAUGUUUCAUAGAUUCCAUUCAUUGCUUCAGAUAAGAGAGAAAGAGUUUUUACAAGAGAUGGACGACAUGGAGGAGACGCGUCAGCAGGAGUUACAAGUCUUCAUGAAUGAGAUUCUGACCAAACGGUCGGACAUUAAGAACAAACUCAUGAAAAGCAGUCACACCAAUACCGACAGAGAGCGGAUCCAACUCCAGAAGUCGAUCGACCAGUUGGUCAACGACUCAAAACCCGUUGCAAUAGAAUCGCCACAAAAUGACUUCAGGUUUGUAUUUGAGACCACAGUCGAGGAUCAGCUCAAGACAUACGGCAAACUCGAGAGACUGCGGACUGCGGCAGCGAUCGCAUCAGAGCCUGAAAGGUCUGAAGAGAUUACCAAAUAUGUGAGUCUCAGUGACGACGAGGAAGAGGUUCCCGAAGAGGGUAUACCAAUGGUGACUGAGGAGCAAAGCGAUGACACCAUCAACAGAGAAGUGGUUCACGUGAUACACAUCGAGAGUCCCAACAAGUUCUACGUGCAGAAGGUGUCGGACAGAGAGAAGUUUGAGAUAAUGAACGAAACGAUAGCCAAAGUGUGUACGUCUGCCUACAACCACCCGCCCUCUGUGGACGCCAUCCCUCCGGGAGAGUCUCUGUUUGUGUACUCAAACGUCAAGAAGUGUUGGUGCAGAGCAGAGCUCACCCUUUUAAUCGAUGACUUGGUGUGUCCGCUCACACGUGACCCUACAUUCCAGGCGAAUGUCUUUCUCGUUGACUACGGAGUGUCCGAACGGGUCGACUGGUAUAACGUGCGCGAGAAGAAGAGCGAGUGGUUCGACGCCCGUAAAUACCCGGCCUUUGCCUACAAGUGCUCGCUGUAUAACGUGAGACCGCAUCAGACCACCAGUUCUCGAGUCACUGAAUGGAGUUCUGAAGCCAAACGACUGUUUUAUUUGUACGUUAAGAAGAACUCUUUGAUUUUGAUAAGUAUUGAGAGUCAGAAUGACUGCAAAUACGUGGAUCUCAUCCAUUAUGAUGUGCCAGAAGUGACGUAUCCGAUCCCGUCUGUGAUAGAGGUGUUGAUCAAAAACAAUUGCGCCGAUAUGUCGGCCACUGAUAAGCUAGACUUCAGCUCUUAUUGUCGACAGAAAAGCCAAACAAAUCGAUUCAAAAGAGAGGAAUUGCCCAAAACUAUGAGGACUGUGUCGGUGUUGGUGUCACACAUUGAGACUCCCGACAGGUUCUACGUUCAGCUCCAGAGACAACACACGGCUCUCAUGCAAAUGAUUGAUAGCUUAAACAAAACCUAUACCGAAGAAAACGAUGGCAUUUAUACGUAUUACUGCCCCAAAGCCAACAUCCCCUGCGCGGCCCUCUUCUCUGGCGACAACAAGUACUACAGGGCUCUCAUCAUUCGCGUGAAGGCCACUGAUUCGCUCAUCAGAUUUGUGGACUUCGGGAACCAACAGUGGAUUAGGAAUACAAACCUCAGACUACUGAAGGACUCAUUCUUCGAGUUACCCCAACAGGCGAUUAUCUGCGGACUCAUUCACGUGGAGCCCACGCAUGGUUUCAAAUGGAGUGAAGAGGUGAUUGACUUUUUCCGGAUCGCUAUCUCCAACGAUAGGGGACCGCAGAUACUGACGAUGUCUGCCCACGAUAUACAGCGCACGAACGCUAAUGAGGAGAAGCUGAUGGUUGUGCUCAGGAGUUUCGACGGCAACGUCACUGGAGUUAAAGUGAACGAAUUGAUGGUGAAGAGUGGUAAGGCUCACAGCACUGGCGCCCACUCGAGGGCCGAUGAGGGCGAUAGGAUGGGCUCUCAGGAGUCAUUGGUCUCGUCUUUUACGCGCAUUUCCAGUGUCGAGAGUCUCAAUACAGUGAACCCGGUCUCCAAUAUGGCGCAGAAGAAGGUGUCGGCGCUUAUUAUAUUACAAGAGUUGGUUGAGCGACACGUGCGCUCCAAUUCAGACAAACGCACGUCACUUAUCAACGUGAAAGUGACUCAAAUGGCAACUCCCGACCAUUUCUAUAUUCAAAUUAUUAAACUUGAAGUUAAGGACUACACGGAAGCCCAGGACACGGAACUACACAAUGAGUACUCGUCUUCCAGGCAUCCAUUGAUGGCAGGCAUUGAAUACAAUGAUAAGGAUUUGUGCGCUUUUAAAGAGGAAAAUGAAUGGAAAAGAGGAGAAGUGAUCACUUGUUUGACUCAAUUGGAAGGCAAUUCUGAACCACAAGAGCCGACAUACUCUGUGUUUGCCAUCGAUUACGGCACUAAACAUACCGUCAAAGUCUCUCAAAUGCGUCCAUUGACUGCUCAGUUCCAAAAGGACGGCGCGUAUGCUGUCAAGUGUCGCCUUCACGGCCUUAAGCCGACAGGUGGUGACCGGUGGUCGGCCACAGCCAGAGAUAAGUGCCAAGACUUUCUCGCUCACGAAGACAUGUAUGUUCUCAUCAAAAACGAUGCCAUCGAAAGCGAGCCAAUUCCUGUGAAACUAUACUUCAAAGAGACCGUAAUUCCGGGCGCCUUCAAGAGACAGAGGACUGUCUAUACGAGUCUCAAUCAGAUUCUCAUAGAUAAUGGGUUGGCCUAUAAAUGUAGAGCAGAUUCGUCCGCCAAUAGCACUGUCAGUGCAGAGAGUGAUGACGACAUGUCCAUCAAUAGUGAUGUUCCCAACGAAAGGCGCGAAAUGCCGAUCUCUCUCUUCACGACCACUGAAAGCAUUUUGGAGUGUCUGAGCAAACGAUACAAACCGGACACCAAUCAAAUCGGACCCGAAUUCAAGUAUUUGCCUGAAGUGUAUCCAAACGGUACCACUUUCUUUGCAAUCGCCACAGAAUUUGUGGUCAACAACGAGUUCCACAUAUCAUUCCGUCAGUUCCACGAGAAUAUGGAAGUGCAACCAAACACACAAAUAGAGAAUCAGAUUAUGGAGACAUUGAAAGAGAAGGGAGAGUUCGCCCCAUUUGGCGGACCCUUCAGUAAAGGCAACGCCUGCACCGCUUAUUUCGAUUACGAUAAGACAUGGAAUCGGGCCGAGAUUGUAGGCGUCGUCCAGGGAAAGGACAGUCAGUCGCGACUUAUUAUCAAAUACGUUGAUUACGGCAAUCAAGAGUCGAUUCUUGUGGACAGACUUAGUUCUGAAGUGUUUGGUAGAAAUACACCGAAACUGGCGAUCAGGUGUCACAUGAUUAACAUUAAACCCCGCGAUGAUGAGGCGGACAAAGCGAUCCGGGAUCUUAUAUAUCAUAAGGUAUUGGAUCACAAGUGCCGCUACUUUUGGGAAGUAAGUACUCAUUGAACUCUUAUUUGUUGACAUUGUGUUGACUAUACUAUUUGAAUGAUUUGUUAGAACUUUCCCACAACGGAUCCCAUGAAAGUGAGUGUCGAUAUAAAAGAGGACAACAGUUAUACGUCUCUCGUCGCACAUCUCGAUGCACUCAACCUCUUGGCCGCUGACGCCAACGAAGAGAGUGAUGCCGUCGCAGAGUAUAUGAACAUUGAGGCCAUCAUUGGACAGACAUAUGGCUUAUAUCCCAUUGUAUUCGAAGUGAAUCGUUGGUACGAAGUGGUCGUGUCCUACGAGUUGGCCAACAAGUAUACAUUUUUUAAUGUAUGUGAAGUGCAGUCACCUGUUAAUAGGGAGCACAUCAUCAAUGAUGAACACAAAGCCUUCCUUAAUAUGUUGGACAAUAUGAGACGGGAUGUCAACACUUAUCAUCGGCUCUACACUGUCACUGAGGGUGCGCCCUGUUUGGCCUACUAUAUGGAGGACCAGACGUGGUAUAGAGGACUCAUAGUUAGUGUCAAAACUGAUGAACGCAAAGCUCUGGUCUAUUACAUUGACUACGGAAACAAUGAAUGGGUUGACUUCAAAGAUCUUAAAGUGAUACACAAACAACACAUGAAGCCGAGGGCGCACUCAGUGUUCUGCGAACUGUUUAACGUAAAGCCACCCAAAAACCAGUUGUGGUCUAAAUGUUUGGAUCUUUCAAAGAAAAUAACCCAUCAUUUGACUCAUUUAUCGGAAACGGGAGGCAUUUUUGCCCGCUUUAAGAACAAUACAUAUCCUCUGAAAAUCGAUUUAUACACCAAGUCGUUGAGAACCCCCACUACACCCGACCGUCACGUCUUUCAAAGCUUUGUGGACAAGGGUUUGCUUGAGUUCUGUGAUCCCAGAGAUGUGUGGCGCCCACCCAUUGAAACCCAGCAGAGUUAUCGCGCGUCCAAUGCUGUGAGAGUGAAAACUGAGCCCACAUUCUGAUUGAAUCUCAUUAGAAAUCCUAAUUAUUAAUUUUUCUUAAUUAUUAUCGUUUUGUUAUAAAC